GUCUGUCUCUAUCUCGCUCACAGAGCAGUGGCGCACUGGCAGCUAUUGCGAGCAUUCGUGCCGGGAUACGAUAGGUCGCUGGCGGGGAGACUCGUCUGUGUUGUAGCGUUAAAUUAGUGCUUUUAUUUGUGAUGCCCGUAUUCUGAAAGUUUGAUGCGUUAUAUUGUUGAUUUGUGUAUAGGCUUUUAUAUAUGUAUAUUAGUAGUUGUAUGACAGUUGGGGUUAAUUGGAUGUUCAACCCAUAAUUAGGCGCAUAGUUAAAUAAUAAAUUAUAUGCUAAUGGUAGCAGCACAACAGCAAAACUCAGGUUGAUUAGUCAUUUAGGUGUAACUGGACAUUGUGAGACGUUCAUCUUUAUUUAAAACAAAGUCACAGCGCGGCAUUAAACAUGAUGAUGAACAUUGUCGUGGAGUUUUUCGUGGUCAUGCUCAAAGUUCUCUGGGCCAUCGUGAUGGCCGGACUGAAGUGGCUCAUACGGCCGAAGGAGAAGAGCGUAGCGGGACAGGUGUGCGUGAUCACCGGGGCGGGCGGCGGACUCGGGCGGCUCUUCGCUAAAGAGUUCGCCCGGCGCCGGGCUACACUGGUGCUGUGGGACAUCAACAGCCACAGCAAUGAGGAAACUGUGGAGAUGGUGCGACAGAUCUACAGAGAGCAAGAUGACAACUCGAUGGCUAAAGAGGGAGCUGUUGGUGGCGUGGAAGAGGUCCCUCCGUUCCAGCCGCAGGUGUAUACAUACGUGGUUGAUGUGGGCAAGAGGGAGAGUGUGUACUCCACAGCAGAGAAAGUGCGCAGGGAGGUCGGUGAAGUGGAAUUGUUGAUCAACAACGCUGGUGUUGUAUCCGGCCACCACCUGCUGGAGUGCCCUGAUGAGCUGAUCGAGAGGACCAUGGUUGUGAACUGCCAUGCACACUUCUGGACCACCAAGGCAUUUCUUCCCAAGAUGCUAGAGAUGAACCAUGGCCACAUUGUGACAGUUGCCAGUUCACUGGGCCUUUUCAGCACAGCUGGUGUGGAGGAUUAUUGUGCUAGCAAGUUCGGUGCCAUCGGCUUCCACGAGUCCCUGAGCCACGAAAUCAAGGCUUCGGAGAAGGACGGUAUCAAGAUGACGCUGGUGUGUCCUUACCUGGUGGACACGGGCAUGUUCAGAGGAUGCAGAAUAAGGAAAGAGAUCGAGCCAUUUCUCCCUCCAUUGAGACCAGAGUUCUGUGUGAAACAGGCCAUGAGGGCCAUCCUGACAGACCAGCCCAUGAUCUGUACGCCUCGCAUUGUUUAUAUGGUCAACUUUAUGAAAAGCAUUUUGCCCUUCGAAGCAAUCGUGUGCAUGUACCGGUUCCUGGGUGCGGAUAAGUGCAUGUACCCUUUCCUGGCUCAGAGGAAAGAGGCGAUGAACAACAACGAGGCCAAGAACGGGAUCUAGAGGGCGCCGUUUCUAACCCACAAGGGAUGAGGAGAAGACCACUGAGAGGGCAGAAGGAAGUGAAAAGACUGCGUUUAGACUGGAGCACUUGCAUUUGGCAGAUGCAAAGGUUUACCAUAUUGUUCCUCUGGAACAAAGAAAGCUGUGUACUACACUAAGGAUUUAUUUGUUGAUUUAUGUUUUGUGUCUUUUUUAAGGUUUGCUUAAUGAAACCAUCCAUCUAUAUACUGUCAAUAGUUUUGAAAUCAUACAUGCAAUUAACUAUUUACGUAAUGUAGUCACCAGCAUUAUCUAGCGUCUUUGUGAAACUAUACAGUAUGUUACUGUAUGAACAGUAAAUGCUUGUCACUUUUUUGUUUUGUUUGUGUGUAGACAUGCACUGUAUUUACUUUCCUCUACACUGCCAACAUUAUCUACACCGUUCAGUGUGGCACCAUGCCACUCCGUUCCCCAAUCAGAUCCAUUUAAAGGCAGCGGCAGGAGAUCAAGUGUCCAGUUAUGAACCAUGUGAUGUUUUAUAAGAAAUAUUUUGCAUUGUUCCCCCCACAUUUCUCUUUGUUGACGUCAUGAGAAGUACAAGUGGGUAAAACGCUGGUCUGUUUCCAGCUGCUGUGGGAAGGGAGUGUGUUAUUACUCUGUAAUCUACAAACUUAUGGUAUUUUGUAUAUGGAAAUGUAUGAGAGUUCGUCAGUUGGAAGGGAUGGCCUGGUUUUCCUGUCACUGAACACUAUAUUUAGUUUUACUCGGCCUACUUUGAAUUUAUGAAUUAACUGAAAAUAAUAGUUUUUAUUUUGGUUACAGACCUAUCUUUUCUUUUUUUUUUAUAAUGGAUUCAUCAUGCAUUUUAUGUCAAUUACCAGUUUCAGUCAAUAACAAUAUGAAUAUGAUGCAUUUUUGUUGUACACACACACACACAUUUGUUCAUUUAAUGUUUUUCCUUUUUGUGUAUUUAAACCUGGACCAUUUGAAAUGUUUUCACAGAUGUAUGUUUAGGCAAAAAAAAAAGACCGAACACAUGAGUUUAAACUACAUUCCAAUAGGCGUCCUUCACCGACUGUGAUGAGCCUAAAAUCUCUACCUCUUCAUUUUUGCCAUUUGUUAACAGUAUGACAUACUCUUUUUGUAACUUUCCUAAAGAGUGCUCUAUAGAAGAGCGCACAACAUGGUUCCAAUGUUUAGUGUCUCUACCUAACUUAAAUUAAUAAAAUGAUUUAGAUUA